CAGAUCUCUCUGGCUCCUCCCACUUUACCAGGAAAGAGAAAACCGCUAUGUAGCUAAACUGCUUAGGGGAAAACGAGCAUUAUUGUAGCGAUUGUAGUAUUUUUAUAAUAAUUAAAAGCGUCGGGCGGUAUAGUAUAAACUCGUUUUGAAGAUGAAAGUGAGAUAACUAGUGUGUAUUUGUUGUUAAGAGCAGAAAUGGAGAAGCAGUCGCGUCUGUUGUGUUCUGAGCUGUGUGUUCAGAGCAGACUGUAUGAGGUCACAUUAAACUGCGCGAUUCUCGCGUGGAAAGACAUACAAAUCGCCAAAAAACACACCGGACGGGCCAUAUAUGGAGCUGUCAAAGCGGGUAGUUAUUGUGUCCCGGUGUGUGAGAUUAUAGCCGUUCAGGAAAAAGAAGAUGACUCUCCGUGUAAAAACACUGGGAAAUGGCAGAAGGUUCCUCAGAGCCCAGCGGACUCCUGCCAGCACGCUUUCACAGUGUUCUAUGUAGAGAGGACAAGGCAGCACUGCUGGUGGUGCAACAACGUGACUUUCCACUGCUCUGAACAUUCCCUGUGUCUGCUCUGGGUCCAAACUAUUAGGGAACAACUUGCAUUGAUGACCAAUCGACCGAAGAGUUUGCUAGUGUACAUCAACCCCUACGGAGGAAAACAACGUGGGAAGCAGAUUUACGACCAUAAAGUGGCCCCCAUCUUUUCCCGGGCUUCCAUUUCCACCGACGUGAUUGUUACAGAGCGUGCAAAUCAUGCCAGGGACCACUUGAAGACAGAGGCUGAUCUGAAGAAGUAUGAUGGUGUGGUGUGUGUCGGAGGUGAUGGCAUGUUCAGCGAGAUUAUGCAUGGCCUCGUCUCCCGUAUGCAGCAAGAAGCAGGUGUGGAUGAGAACUCUAUUGAGGAGACCCUUAUGCCGUGUGGACUUCGCAUCGGCAUCAUUCCUGCAGGUUCGACUGACUGUGUAUGCUUCGCCACAGUUGGCUCAAAUGACCCUGUCACUUCAGCACUGCACAUCGUUGUGGGUGAUUCUCAGCCAAUGGACAUCUGCUCGGUGCACAAUGAAGACCGCUUCCUGCGCUACUCUGUGUCACUACUGGGUUACGGGUUCUACGGAGAUGUGCUGACAGACAGCGAGAGAAAGCGCUGGAUGGGCCCGGCCCGUUACGAUAUCUCAGGUGUUAAAACUUUUCUGUCACAUCGCUACUAUGAGGGAACUGUGUCCUUCUUGCCUGCUGAAGGGAACUUGGGAACUCCCAGAGACAAAAUGCAGUGCCGAACUGGGUGUAGUGUCUGUCGGCAAUCCUCUUCUGACAAACUGGUCGGCAAAAAUGAAGACAGCGUUUCUGAUGCUGAGUGUCAGGAUACGUGGACGGUCAUCAGGGGAAAGUUCUUGGCCAUCAAUGCUGCCAGCAUGAGUUGUGCUUGUCCUCGCAGUCCUAAAGGGCUUUCGCCGUCAGCGCACUUAGCAGAUGGAACUACUGACCUCAUCCUCGUCAGGAAGUGCUCCCGACUCGACUUCCUGUGCCACCUGCUGCGCCACACCAAUAAGGACGACCAGUUCGAUCACUCUUUUGUGGAGGUGUACCGGGUCAAGCAGUUCCGGUUCACCCCCAGAUAUCAGGAGUGUGAUUCUGAAGUGGACCUGAGAGACAGCGGAGCGACAGGCAAGCGAUUCCUCAGUCAGAUCUGCAGGGAGCACAGAGCCUGUGGCUGCAUGCCUUCCCAGAGCAACUGGAACUGUGAUGGUGAGAUCCUCCCACACACUGCCAUCCAAGUCCGGGUCCACUGCCAGCUGAUCAAGCUGUUUGCGAGAGGCAUCGAAGAGCAGCAGGUGUUUGAGGACCCGUACACUCACUGUGCAAUAUAGAUCCCCACUUCACUUAAAAAACCUCCAGCUGGAUCAUUAAAGACUGAGAUUCUUUGAAUGGAAGAGUCGCCUUCAGCUCAGCACAAUGUCAUACUGUUUCUUAUGCUGUUUUACCCAGAUAAUCAUCAUGAAGAGGCAUGGAGUCAACAGCAUUUUCACAGCAUUUACAGUAUAUAGGCUGUAUUAGAUUUGUGUUAGAUAGGAUCAGCUGUUUCAGCUAGGCAUUAGCAUUGCCCAUUUUUCAUUUCAACCUUUGGAGUCCUCGAAGUAGCUGGUGAUAUCUCUUGCUGCAUGCGACAGCUUCCAGUUGUCAACAUUUGUCUUCCACCACGAUCAAGCUGGUCUUGAGAGUAGUAGCGCUAAUAAAAUCCCAAAGUCAGAUUCCUGGAACUGUCAAAACUCUAUGUUUUCUCGACAUUUAAUGCAUGGAAAUGUAGCAUUAGAGAGCUAGACACUGACAGCUACGCGGUGUCACUGCAGGGUCAGUGUAUAUACGGCUGUUCAGCUGACGGAAUGUAAAUGUAAAUACUGUAGCACUCUUCUCUGCGUUGUCUUCCUUGGUUGCAACUCCUGAGAAUAUUUACUCCCUUUAUAAUGAAUUUUGUGUUUGUGUUUCCUAUGCUGAUGUCUUAUUUCUUAUGAAAGCUCUUAUUGUUCCUGCGGUAUCGAAGAAUGAAGGCGUUUAUCAUAGACAGAGAAAUUGCUUUUCGCUGUUGUGCAUGUCAGCUGCUUUAAUAUGCAAUUAAUAUGUUUCCUUGAGCUGCACUUGUGAUUUGAGGGUAUGGAUUUCCCAAGACGCAUCUGUAAAGGCAACACAAUUUCUGUUGCUAUUACAGGAAAAAACAUUGUUCACGUCCUUCAUAGACUGAAAGAUUGUCCGGAAGCUCAUUUUUGCCACAUAAGAAAAAAACUAGUUUUGGUAAAUCAUAAUUAUGACAUUAUUGUCAUAAUUGGGUCAUAAUUAAGUCAUUAUUGAAAACUUAAACAAAAGGAUUUUAAAUGAUACUAAUAAAAAUACAAAUUGUUUUGAAUCAUAAUUAAAAAUGACUAAAAAUAAAAAUUUAUAUAAUAAAUAAAAGGAGUAAUUAUAAUUUUAAAAGGUCAUAAGUUAAAACUAAACUAAAAAUGAAUUAAAGCUAAAUACAAUACAAUACUGGUAAAAAAAAAAAUAUAUACAACUUUAAAUUUUUUUCUUUAUCAUAAUUUUUACUUUUUAUAUCAUAAUUGACUUAAUAUCUUAUAAUUUUGACUUUUGUUAUAGUUUGGUAUAGUUUCAUGAUUUUUAUUUACCAAAGUAAAUAAAAGUGAGUACAUUUUAAUUAUUUAUUUUUUCUCUAAUUUUUCCCUGUGGAAGUGGGCUUCAGAUAUUUGUUGUGUGAGAAUCUCACUUCAUUUCACCAUGAAAUUAGAAAGAAAAUUAAGAAAUGAUAUUCUUCAGUGACAAUGAAAACCUUUUUGAAAUGUAAUUGCAUUAUGUAUUUUUACAUUGUAUUGUGACACUAUUUUCAUGACAGAUAAGCACAUUUCCUUUGAAUUAUUGUAAUGAAAUAUGGAGUUUAAAUGUUAAUCACACAUGUAUACUAAGGACCUUGGAAAAGAUGUCCUCAUAUGCGACCAGGCAAUGAAGAUGUAACGAGAACCUCUUCUGUUUAUGAAUUAUGAGCUGUGGCUUGCUAUUCUUGUGUGUGUAACAGUAUUUGUGCUGUGUGUAGUUAAGCCAAUGUCAAAGCGUGUGGAUUUGACAGCUAUUCUAUUAUCGUUGGUUGCCUACUUAAGACCUAAUCAAUCUCAAUACACGCUGUGUACGCACAUGAUGUGCCACCAACUUUCCCUACUGAUCCAAAGACACCGUUCAUAUUCCAUUUUAAUUACUUGAAUGUGGCCACAGUUUUCACCUUUGUGCUGCCCUGGCGGCUGCAGUUCAUUUCUGCCUCAUGACAGGUGGCCGUAUAAUGUCCUACAAUGGUUGUCCAGUACUGGUUGUGUGUUUUCAGCUGGAGUUAAACCGAGUUCUCUCAGUAGGGUGUCACCUUAUGCAGUCAAGCACUUGUCAAGACUCAGUAAUGACUGAUAAUGAAGUCAUCUUGCAGGACUCGAGAUGAUAUGGAAGACCUGACGUUUAUUUUGAUGUAUUGAAUCAAAUGUAAAGAAAGUCCAUGAAUAAAGUUUAUUGAACGGUCAA